UGAGAAACGAGAGGCGUGGCAUGCAGCUGUGAAAAUAGAACGCCAAGGAUAUUUGAAGUUAUGACUGGAAGAAUUAAAUGGAACAACGGAAACAUGAUGAAAGGGACAAAUGUAUUUUCUGAACGAGGCGGAUAUAUAUUUCCUUUUUUAUCAUUAGAGAGAGAUGACUAGAGACACAGAACAGGCCAGAUGCUCACGAACCAGUAAGAACCGUUACAAUCCGUACCGUAUUUGAGUUAUGUCGAAUUUGGUCCAGAAUUUAUUUGAACAUCGCGCCGACCGCACGCUAUUUAUCAUCUGUGUCUCAUUUUAUGAUUUUAUUAGAAUGACAUGGCCAAUGUUGUAUUUUCAUAAAAUAAGAGGUGUUGAAUUGUGAUAAAGUCAAACUGGAAAAAACGCAAUAUUUGUCGUAAAAAAAAAUAAACUUACUUUUUAAUCAUAUAUGGUGUAGUUAUUGUAAGUCCCUCCCGAUUGUGAUUGUCAAUUGAUUAAUUUGGCAAAAGUGCUCAAAAAAAAGAUGACCAACCCAUUAAAUAUUCAUAACAAUUCCGACAACACAAAGAUUGCCACGAAAAACAUAGUGCACACUGACAAACAGACAAACAGAGGGAGAAACUGCCUUUGUUUGGAAAUAGCUGUAAAAAUCGAAUUUCUUGAACAUCUUCUGAACGAAAUAACGGAUCGGACCGGAUGAGUACAUUUCAAUUGGUGUAAUUGGUAUAAUUCAUUCGGAUCGGAUGCCUACAAAAAAUUUUGAAUUCUUCGGCUAUAUAUAGAGUCACCUCCCGCAUACUAAGGCAUGCAGGUCAUCACCUUGUGGACUGCCGUCCGUUUUCCCGUGUUGAGUCACAAUAGAGUUAGUCCUCAGCUGACCUCAGCCUCUCCUCUUUAUCGGACAUCGCUUAGGGGCGCCACGCCGCAGGUUUGAAAGGAAGAGCUAUCCGACUUAUAGACGCUCUCGCAACCAUAUUUGAGUCCUACCUUGCAGGUUCAAUUUAUCACCGUUUAAUGCAUGUAAAAACAAUAUGGUAUUUAUUGUUUUUGGAUAAAAAAAAUGGAGCAAAGUGAUUUCGAUAAGUUGCAGGCGACCUUGGUUGAGCAAGACCAUGCCACAACUAAUAAUAUAAACCAAAGGGAUAAACAAUUCUUAUCAAAUAUUUAUAUACAUGAUUCACAUAAGAAUUUACAACAACAAGCCACUACUAUGGCCCUGGAACAAUACCGACUUCAUCUGUAUAAUUACGCUUUAAAUAUAGAACGUUUUCGAUGUCCCCAUUAUGGAACUGCUAGCAAUGGAGCAAACACAACUGUUCCAUGGGUGCCUUCGAAUCCUUAUGAACAGAGCUCUGGAAAUAUACCGGCAGUCAACCGAAUGGCUGCGCUUUCGACUAUUUCGUUUUUUCCGCAAACUCAAAGGCUUUUUCAGUCAGAAGAGCCUAAGCCUCAACAUAGUUAUAUUGGUCUUAUUGCUAUGGCAAUAUUGGGCUCAGCUGAAAUGAAACUGGUACUCUCAGAUAUUUACCAAUAUAUUUUGGACAACUAUCCAUAUUUUCGAAGUCGUGGUCCUGGAUGGAGGAACUCAAUCCGACAUAAUUUGUCAUUAAAUGAUUGUUUUAUUAAAUCUGGUCGCAGUGCAAAUGGAAAGGGCCAUUAUUGGUCUAUACAUCCAGCAAAUAUGGACGAUUUUCGAAAAGGAGACUUUCGACGCCGGAAGGCCCAACGUAAAGUACGAAAGCAUAUGGGACUAUCAGUAGAUGAUGGUGGUACAGACUCUCCCAGUCCUCCGCCUUUAGAUCUCACAAGCCCGCCUUCCUCUAGUUCCCAAUGCUCAAUGCAACUGUCUACCUUGGGAUAUCCUUAUCACCAACAGUAUAUUGGUCAAAUAUUUAACCGAGGUACAAUUAGCGGGCUUCCGAGCUACGCUGAUCCAGUUCAGGUCAUACAGAAACAUCGGUCACACAACGCGGAUUUAACAAUACAGACACCGCAUCUCCAACAGCAGCAUUCAUCGCAAAUUGCGUACAUUAACUCAACAACAACCACAACUAUAGCCAAUAUGUAUUCACAUAAACGAAAGCGGCAGUUUGAUGUAGCCUCUCUGUUAGCGCCUGAUGUGCAGAUAGUUGACAAUGCCUCUAAAGACCAGGAAUCAUUCGGUAAUCCUUCCACAACCGCUCGAACCACAACCCAAACUCAUCAUACUUUUAUUACUAAAAAGACCAUACACAGGGAAGUUGUAUUAGGGUUGGAACAACCAGUAGAAACAAAUGAUGCGGAGGUCGAUACAGAAAUCGAUGUUGAAGUUAAUGUGGAUGUGGUAGAUGAAGUCAUCAAUCCGGAUUCGGAUAUAAUUUCUUAUAGAGAUAGCGCUGAUCAAGAAAAAACUAGAGGAGUAACAAGCAACAUUUUUUCUGGCGAUGACAAUAACUCGUACCUAAGUGAUGGCAGGCGGUCAUCAACCGACGCUGAUCCAGAUCAUGAUGCCGAAGAUCUUGAGCCGCAUAACUACUCUAUUUCUAGCUGUACAGCAAGAUCAUUGGGUAGCAGUAGCAGCCAACAUGAGGAAUCGAAUUCAUUAGAAGAAUGUCCCACGAUGUCAUUUAGAGUUUCGCCCACAACUCUCAUAUCGUCCUUACCAAGUUCUCAAAAUACAUCAAGUACGGCUUUGACGAAAUGGCCAAAUGGGUAUAUUGCACUAAACAAAGUAAACCCCCAAAUUCUUAGAAAAUAUUAUGGCACAUAUAUGGCUGCAACUGCGCGCCGAGCUAGCCUAGAAACUACAAAUUUACAGAUGAGUUCAAUGACACCACCGUCAAACAUUAAAACAGUCACAAAAAAGUAGUAAUCUCGUAAAUACAAGAAAACAUUUCAGUCUAUUUAUAAAAAUACUUGUAAAUAAAAAUAUUAUAAAAUAUAAUUUGUUAAGUCUUUGGUCAAAUAAAAAGAUUUUGGAGUCAGCUA